UUUACAAAAAAAGUUUUUUAUUGUGUUGCUUAAGGGCAAAUGCAAAGGGAGAUUGACAGAGUUAUUGGAAGGAACAGGGUCCCUACAAUGGAAGACAAGAAAUCCCUCCCCUUUACUGAUGCUGUGAUUCAUGAAGUACAACGUUUUCUGGAUAUUGUCCCACUAAAUGUUCCCCAUUAUGCCAUGAAAGACAUCACAUUCAGAGGUUAUGUAAUUCCAAAGGAUACAGUGAUUAUUCCCAUGCUGCACUCUGUUCUAAGGGAUGAGGUACAGUGGGAAACCCCUUGGACAUUUAACCCAGAGCACUUUCUGGAUGUCAACGGCAACUUUAAAAAUAAUCCAGCCUUUAUCCCGUUUUCUGCAGGUAAACGCUCUUGUGUGGGUGAGUCUCUGGCUCGUAUGGAGCUCUUUCUGUUCAUCGUGUCUCUGCUUCAGAAGUUCAGCUUCAGUAGUCCACAGGGUCCAGAUGGCAUAGACCCCAGUCCUGAACUCAGCAGCUUUGCCAACAUGCCUCGAUUCUAUGAGCUCAUUGCCUCCCCCCGCUGAACAACAUGUUAUUGCAUCUUA